CAGUCUGAGCAGAAGGGCUCAUUUAAGGGGAGCAGCCGCAGCCCGAGCAGCAGAUACAGAAAUACUUGUGCACUGACAUCAGCUGAGAUAAGGCACAGCCACUGUUGAUUUGAGGACAUCUCUCCUGCCGGCAAGGUGAUACUCGGAGACGCCGCUUUCAUCCAUCCGCGGGCUAUUUUUACGCACAGAAAGCGGCUCUAUGGUUGUUCCUCUCUCGGCUUUCUUUGGGGACUAUGAGGACCGGAGCUGAAGUUUGAGCGGCUCCAGGUUGAUAGAGAAUUUGCAUCGCGCCUCCAGGCUCUGUGCGUGUGUGUGUGCGCGUGUGUGUGUGUUUAUUAUCGCUGCUGUUAUCUCGCACGCAGGAGAAGAAGGGAGGCUAUUCUCCUGUUGUUGGAUAGUUGGCGUUUUCCAGAAGGAUGGUGCUGGACAAGGAGGAGAGUGUGUCUCUCGUGUCCCUCCAGUCCAGAGAGAAGCCGAGAGGCUGCGCCGGCUGCAAUGGAAAGAUCCGGGACCGCUUCAUGCUGCAGGCAUUAGACAGGUACUGGCAUGAGGACUGUCUGAAGUGCGCCUGCUGUGACUGCCGCCUGGGCCGGGUGGGUUCCACCCUCUACACCCGGGCCAACCUCAUCCUCUGCCGCAGAGACUACCUGAGACUCUUUGGGGUGACAGGGAACUGUGCAGCCUGCAGUAAGCUGAUCCCUGCCUUUGAGAUGGUGAUGAGAGCCAGAGACAACGUCUACCAUUUAGACUGCUUCGCCUGUCAGCUCUGCCGCCAGAGAUUUUGCGUGGGAGACAAGUUUUUCCUCAAGAACAACAUGAUCCUGUGCCAGCUGGACUAUGAAGGAGGCCAUCUUAAUGGCAGCACCGAGAGGCAGCCUCAGUAAGAGAUCAGGAGGAUGACUGUAAGCCAGUUGGACUAUGAAACUCACAGCAGCUCACCCCUCAUCAGGUUCUUGUUUCAGACUGAACUGUGUGGAAAAAAACACUGAUUGGACACAUUUCCAGCAGCCCAUGCUUGAACUCUUUGUUACAGAGCUGCGCAGUAAUUUCCCUUAAAACUGCCUCUUCUGAUCAGAUGGACUCGAGAUCAACCAGGAAGUGAAAAUGGAGAAAUGAAACCAUCAGGAAGAUAUUUUCCAGAGCACUUAAUGUGGACUGAGAACAGAAAUAGAGUGAACUAGUGUUUGCAAGUAAUUUGUAGAGCCUGUUUCACCAAAUGUGAAACACUAGAUGGAUUGGGGGACGCCAAUCAGGCCACACAUAACAUCAACCAAGUCAUCCAUCAAAGAAAAAUACAGUUCCCCGUGAUUGUCAAAUUGUUCUGGCAGUCACUGAAGUGUCUUUUGUGGUGAACCCCACCCAGCCGGCUUGAAGGAAAGCCACAAAACAAACUGAAACAUAUUUGCAAAUGUUGUUUGGCUCUAUUUAGCAAAUGAGGAGGACAAACUGUUCCUCCUCCAUCUUUCCGCCUCUCGAAGUGGAGCUUCAAGCACACCAUAGUUUUGUUCUCAUGCUAGUUCUUCUUGACUAAUUAAACUGGAUUUUAAUUUCA